GCCACGGGGCCCCGGCGCCGGUGCUGCUGCCAUCCAUCCAUCCGUCCGUGUCUGUCCGUCCAUCCGCCCAUCCAUCGGCUGCCUCCGGGCUGUCCGUCUGUCCGUCCAUCCCUCCGGCUCCCUUUUUCUCGCCGUCCUCGGGCCCCGCGCCCCCCACGCCGCUGCCACCCUGAAGUUUCUGGCCGUGCUGCUGGCGGCGGGCAUGCUGGCUUUCCUGGGGGCCAUCAUCUGCAUCAUCGCCAGCGUCCACCCGGCCGGCACCGCCGCCUCUUCCUCUCCCCCUUCCUCCUCCUCCUCCUCCGACAAUGACUCGGCCGCCGCCGCCCUGCUCCCCCCGGCCGAUAAGGGGCUGGGGGCCCUGCACGGCCCCGCCGAGGCUUUGGCCAGCGCCGGUCCUCGGCUCCCCGGUUCUCCCCCUCCUCUUUUCAGCCGCUUCGUCUGCACCCCGCUGAGCGCAGAGUGCCCCGCGGCCACCGGCCCGGGGACCACCGGCCCCGAGGAGCUGCUGGCCCUGCGCAGCGCCGCGGCGCAGCUCCGCCGCACGGCGCUGGAGCAAAAAGAAAGGAUCCGCAUGGACCAGGAGACAAUCCGGGAGCUCACCGGCAAGCUGAGCCGCUGCGAAGGGGGGUUCCGGGCACCCCAAGCCCCCGCCGCUGGGUUGCGGGCAGCCCCCAAGCCCGGCACCAUGGGGCAUCCCCCCGCCGAGCCGCCCGCUGUCAGGGAGCUGGAGGAAGCGGUGCGAGCUCUCCAGGACCGCAUCGAGCGCAUCGAGCAGGAGCUGCCGGCCCGUGCCAACGGCUCGGUGCCCACCACCCCGGCGCUCGCCCGCGACGCGCUGCACACCAAGAUGGAGCAGCUGGAGGAGCAGCUCCUCUCCAAGAUCCUGACCCUGCAGAAGGAGCGGCAGGCCGCCAACAGUGACCGCAGCCAGCAGCAGCACGACAUCGAGAAGGAGCUCAACUCCCUGCAGAGCCGGGUGGCCGAGCUGGAGCAUGGAUCUCCAGGCUACAGCCCUCCUGAUGCCUUCAAGGUGACCAUCCCAGUGCAGAACAACUACAUGUACGCCCGCAUGAAGAAGAGCCUGCCGGAGCUCUACGCCUUCACCAUCUGCAUGUGGCUGAAGUCCAAGGCCCUGGCGGGGCUCGGCACCCCUUUCUCUUACUCCGUCCCCAGCCAAGCUAACGAGAUCGUGCUGCUGGAGUGGGGCACCAACCCACUGGAGCUGCUCAUCAAUGACAAGGUCGCCCAGCUGCCGCUGAGCCUGAAGGACAAGGCCUGGCACCACAUCUGUGUGGCGUGGACCACCCGGGACGGCAAGUGGUCGGCGUACCAGGACGGCGAGCAGCGGGGCGCCGGCGAGAACCUGGCCUCGUGGCACGCCAUCAAGCCCCAGGGCGUCAUCAUCCUGGGCCAGGAGCAGGACACGCUGGGCGGCCGCUUUGAUGCCACGCAGGCCUUCGUGGGGGAGCUGGCGCAGUUCGGCGUGUGGGACCACAUGCUGGCCCCGGCGGAGAUCCUGGCCUUGGCCAACUGCACCUCCCGCCUGCAGGGCAACGUCAUCCAGUGGGACGACCAGGCCGUGGAGGUCUUCGGGGGGGCCACCAAGGCCGCCUUCACCGCCUGUGAGGAGGGGAGGAAGGCGUGAGCAGCCCGCGGACAGCAGGAAAAGCCCCUUUGUCCCCUCCCCGACCAGCGGGCCCCGCCACCACCUCCACCACCACAACGGGGCCGUGCUCCGUGCCCCCAUGGCAGCAUCCCGGGGGGGCUCCUUGGCACGGCUCACCCCCCCCCGGCAUGCUGUCCCCUCCCCACCUUGCCCUCUUUCUGGGCCGUGCCAUACGCUGGCUGUUGUGUCUAUGGGGCCUGGGGGAGCUGGGAGCGGGGCACCCCCCUUCACCUGUUUAUUUUUAUCGCCCCGAUAUUUGGGUUUGUGAGCCCGGCCUCCCACGGGGCCCCGAGAUGUUUGCUGGGAGCCAUCAGCAUCCUCCCCUCUUCCCCUUCAGCUCUGCUCUGGUCAAGUGUGCCAGGCCCCGUAGGCCCCCCAUGGGUGAAAGGAGCCCUGUGGGGGUCUAUUUAUUUUAUUUAUUUAUCUAUCUAUUUAUUUAUUUAUUUAUCUAUUUAUUUAUUUUUAAGCAUUCCCCAUGCCGAGGCCCCAGUGCCCACGCAGAGGGCAGGGGAAGAGGGGCAGAGCCUCGUCCCCGUGCACCCGAUCCUAUUUGGGGUGCAAAAGGGAACGGAGCACAAGCAAGGAAAAUGGACAUGGGGACAGUAUUCCCUGCCAUCUCCCCUCUUCCCCCCAGCAUUUUGGGCACUGAGCUGCUCGCAGGGGGGGUGCUGGCCUCAGCUGUGCCUCGGUCCCCUGUUUUGAGCUGGUUGGGGACGGGGACACGGGUGGCAUGGGGCUGGGGCGAAGGGAGCCGCUGGCUUUGGGGCCGGGAGGGGGUUUUCCCCCGUGGGGUGCCUGCGGGUGCGAUGUUUCCACGCGUGUGGUCAUCGGUGUCUUGAUGUGUGCGUGCGUGUGUGUGUGUGCCAGGGGGUGGGGGGUAUUUUGGGGGGGGUUUCAUGGUCGCUCGUGUGAUGUCCAGCUUCCAGUGCUCCCCCAACCCCAUAAAAAAGUCCCACUUUGCACCUUCGGCACCAGCUGCCCCCCCUGCUGCGGCUCGGGGACAAGGGGGGCAGAGGGGCCAGCCCGCCGGGGAGGGGGGGACGCGGUGGGGACACAGCGCAGCCCCUGUGCCAAGUGGGAAACACUGUGAUCUUGGUGUCCCCCCCCGCCUUGCUCGCUCGCUUGCGCGUGGCCGUGUCGUGUCGGGACGUUUCCUUUUGUAACGCUGGCUGUGGACAAUAAACGUGGUGUUUCUGUCGGA